GCCACAGCACGGCUUCGCGCCUCGGGCGCAGUCAAUACCGGUCCAGCGACCGAUUUGGAGGGCUGCACUCAUCUCGAUCUUGCUUGCCGAGUAAGGAAACUGACGCAAGUACCUCGUGGGGAAGCUGCGUGAAAGAAAUCGCAAUGUGGACGAAGCUGCAACUGCUGUUGAUUGCGUUGCUGGUGACGGUGCUGAUAGCGGAUGCUUCCGUCCAGCGCAGGAGAAAAACUCGACGUCGCACUACCACCACGGAGACGCCCGUGCAGGAUGAGAUCAUGAACAUGUUAGAAGCUGACGAAAUGGCCGCUGAGGAGGCGGACGCCGCUGAGGUCAGCCUCGAAAAUGGCAAAAACGAGGUCAGAGCGAAGCAGCUCUUGCUCCAGGACCCGUGCAUAGAAAAGCACUGCGGAGCUGGUCGGAUUUGCAAGAGCACGGAAGAGGGUACGGCCGAGUGCGUUUGCGUGGAGGUCUGCAACUCGGAGGUCGAUCCGCGUCGCAAGGUCUGCACCAACCACAACGAGACCUUCGGCAGCGACUGCGAGGUCUAUCAGGCGCGUUGUUUCUGCGACACCGGUGACGCCAGGUGCAGGGGUCCCGCCUAUCAGCACGUUCAUAUCGAGUAUUACGGCGAGUGCCGACAGAUGCCCACGUGCAAAGAGGAGGACAUGGCCGAUUUUCCCAGGCGAAUGCGCGACUGGCUGUUCAACAUCAUGCGCGAUUUGGCGGACCGUCAGGAACUGCCGUCGCACUACCUGAAGAUGCAACGUGAGGCCGAGACUAAUCACACGGUACGCUGGACGAACGCUGCGAUUUGGAAGUGGUGCGACUUGGACGGCCAUCCGCACGACCGGACGGUGUCCAGACACGAACUCUUCCCGAUUAGAGCGCCCUUGAUGGCCCUCGAGCAUUGCAUUGCGCCGUUCCUGGACUCUUGCGAUGCCAACAACGAUCAUGAGAUCACGUUAAUCGAGUGGGGCAAAUGUCUACAGCUCGACGAGGGCGAUAUAGACGAUAAAUGCGACGAGCUGGCGGAGGCAAACCACGAGCAAUAUUAAAAGACGAGCGUCGGAAAUUUCCUUCUCAAAGAAAAACGGGAGGCACGAAACGGAGAGAAAACGAGCGCGAGCGAUACGGUAAACAAGAGAAUAAGAGACAGCACAAUAGAGAGAGAGAGAGAGCAGGUCUUGAGACCAACGGUCAUGGAAGGGUCGAAGGACGCAGGUGACGCGCAGGGCAGGGCGGCGAAAUGGCCGAAUAAAAAUGGCGGGAAAAAUUGCUGCGUUAGCGCGCAAGUACCGCGCGCAUCGGACGAAGUCGAUAUCGGCGCGAGGAAGGCACGUUGAUGCCUGGCCGCGUCUCUUCUGCGUGCGCCCGGCAACUGACUACAGGGCAACGGGGUUCUUCGAUAAUACAGAGAUGGUCCUGUUGGAUGCGGCCGUGAGAUACGGUGUGUGUGGAUUACGCAACCGAUUAAUACCGCACGGGAGUCAGGUACACGGGCAGAGUUCGAAUUCCACGUAUAAUCGAAUAUUCGUGUUGGGUGUCGAUGCCUUUCGAUACCUGAAAUCGCACAGUCAUGUGGUUCGAUUAAUUCGAAUUUAAGAGUACGACGACGAGAAACAACACGAUGCGAUAAAAGUUUCUCAGACAGAAGAAAUUUGGCCGUUCUCAGCUACUUUUAUAAUGUUUCAGAUAAAAAGUAUCAAGACACAUUUACUGUGGAAACGUAUGUUCCUACUUUGAUUCUCCGAUUGUUGCGUCACAAACCACACAUUUUUUUUAAUAACUGCCGAUAUUAUUCCGAUUGCAAAGAGAGACACAAGGUCGUGUAGUCGGUCACAGAUAUAAACAAACUACCGCUUCGUUCGCGCUCUUUACAUUGUAAUUUUUAUAUCACCACGAGUAGAGGCGUAUUUUCUGUAAGCAGUCCUUUUGUAUAUGAAAAUCUUACUGCCUUUUCCUGCCAAUAAAUAAACUUUACGACGAUAUAUAUAUAUAUAUACAUACUUGUGUUCUACAAAUCAAUGAAUAUGCAGUAUUUUUAUUGUUUAAUCUAAUAAACACAGUUCAACAUC